UUUGUUUCUUUUCUCCUACACUAUUUUCCCCUAUACUUUCCACUACAGAACCAUCAGCAAGAGACAUUUCUUCCAUCUAUCGAUACCGAUCGUAGUCGAGGUCUCGUAUCUUAUCGCCCCGCUUCCCCACCUGAACCAUCUCGCCCGUCACCGUCAGCACGAUGGACACCCCCGUCGUCGACCACACCUCUCUGGGCGCCUCGCCUACUGAACGCCGCAACUCUCUCGAGCGACAUCUACAGCUGCGGCCGGAGGCGAAGGAUCUGAAGGAUCGUCAUAUUCUGUUGGAUACAAGUGUCGCUCCCUCCCUCCAAGCCGCCCGUCAAGACCUCGCCCGCCAGCGCACGACCGACGCCCUGAAGAAACAGCUCGAGCAUCGUCCCGAUCGGGAGGAACUAGUUGAGCGAAACAUCCUCCCGGACACAACCGCCGCCCCAGCCCUCCAGGCCCACGCCCGUGACCUCGACCGACAGAUGCGCGCUGAUCGCCUCGAUCAUAAGAUUCAGGAGAGGCCGAUGCCGGAGCAGUUGAUUGAGCAGGGGAUUUUGAGUCAGGAGGAGGAUCCGAGGAGGGGGGCUGUUUAGGUUUUUUUGAUUUGGAUACCUAACUAGCUGCUUAUCUAUUUGGGGAUGGGUCUGGUUGUGGGUGGGUAAUUGGGUAGCUGGGUAGCUGGCUGGCUGGCUAGUUAGCUAGCUAGGCUUGGGAUGGCGUGAGAUGCAUGUUUUGUGUUUGUUGUUUGCUCUGUUCAGUGAUUAUCGUUUUGUUUUGAUUUGUUUUGUGUGGUUUGCGAUUGUUGAAGAUGCAGGGUUGCAUUUACUGGCUUGAGUGUAGU